CGCGAACGCGAACCGAACGCGAACGAACAACAUUGCUGUCAGCGAACAUGGAAUGUCUCCCAUGAAAACAUAAAUAAAUGGCCACCGUUGUUAUUACGUUUUUCCUCUUCACGCGAUUUUGUGUUUAUAAAAUGGAUGCCGACUUCUUAGAUAGGCGAAGGAGUGGAGAAAUAUCGCAACGCGAGAAAAGGUGGAGCAUGAAUUCACAAAGACUCGAAGAAAUUGUGGCGGAGCUGAUGAAGCCUAUCAGCGACGUCCGCCGCAGCUUCGACACGGACCUCAGCGCGUUACUGGAGGAGUACCUGACGGAGGCGGGCCUUCACGCGCUCGAGGCGAGUGAGGAGGACGGCGUGCUGGAAGACGGGAUGGGGGCGGGGGUGGGGGCUGGGAUCGCUCCCAACUUUACAGAGCUGGCGCUGCUGCUGCAACAUUCGGCCAGUGUGUACGGACGCAAAGUGGAUUUCCUAUACCAGCACGUGCUCUCCGUCAGCGACUCGCUGCAGAACAGCGCGCACAUCGGGCUACGAUAUCUCGAUUCGACAUCGGGUUCAAUCGGCACCGGAUCGUGUGCGCUCACCGAGACGAUCUCCAGCUCCUGUCGCCGUUCGCUCCGGAGCGUCUCGGGUUCGGACGUCGCCAGAGUCGUCUGUCGAUCUAAUAAUUUAUCGAGAAUUCUAUCGAUCGGCCCCCCGUCAUCACCAUUCAGAUUUUCCGUCCUCCGGCGGCGCCCGACGACCUCCGGAGCCGAGCGGGGUCGCCCGCCAGUUUCGAGAGGUCGCAGAUAACGAAUUCCGGGUUCGAUUUCCGGGCGGGUCGAGGUUGAAAAUGAGCUAAUCUAUAUUAUACUAGGCCGAGGAACGGGAUAUAUCGAAGAACGAUGUAUGCGUAGAGAGGUGGAGCGCGCGGACGAGGCGGGGGCGGAGGGCGGCAGUAAGCGGCGACGCGUGGGGGCGGACGCGGGGGCGGGCGCGGGGUUCCAGCCCCUGGAGCUGACGGCGUGCGGGGGCAGCGCGCGCGAGGCGGGCGCGCCGCGGCCCCCGCCCACGCUCCCGCGCGUGUACAUCGAGCUGGAGCCGCGCCGCCUCGCGCCCGGCGACCGCGUGUGCCACGACUACGGCGGGGAGCCCGUGGGGCUGCUGGCCGACUUCCACGUGGCGUGGCGGCUUCAGGAGGGGAUGCUGGUGGACGAGCUGGAGGGCUGGGACGGGGGCGGGGCGCGCAGCCUGCGGCCCAUCCCGCUGAUGGAGCUGCAGGCCGCCAUCCAGGCCGGCGCGCCCCCCGCGCUGCCCCCGCGCGCCCCCACGCCGCCCCCCGCGGAGCCCGCGUCGCCCCCCUCCUGCCCCGCGACGCCGCCCCCGCCCGAGCCCGGCGGCGCGAGCACGCCGCUGCCGCUCCUCAAGAAGGAGAGGAAGAGGCGGAACGAAACCCCGAUAGACGACCCGGCCGGGGGACGCUUCGAGAUUCUCAUUAGCAAAAGUUGGUGA